UAAUUAAAAACAGCCUAAAACAAGAAACUCUUAUCUUAACUUUUGAAUUGAAUCCAUUUUCCCUUUGAUUCCCACCAUUAACAUCUCUUCAACAUCUCCCAGAUUUUCUUGUCACAGUGGAGCAGAUUUUCUGGAUGAUCCAUCCCACACCGACUCCUCGAACCUCCAUAAAUCCGUUCGAGGCAACGAUUUCGUUCAAUUUCACAGCAAAAUCCAUCCAAACAGGUAACCAAAUGGCUUCGGUUUCGGCUCUCAGAGGCCUUCGCUUGCCCUUCUUCUCUCCUCAGUCCUCGCCUCGCCAUCAUCGCCUUCAAUUGCCUACGCGGGAUUCCAAUCAUGGGUUUCGUCUCCUUGCCCGUUAUUCUCAAGCUCAGGAUCUCUUCUCCUCUCGCCUUCAGACUAGCAUUGAAAAUCUUCCUAAACUGUUGGAGGACAUCGUGCAGACGUCCAUAAACACAGGUCCACGUGGUCCCGUUAGGCUUGUUCAAGGUAUUCAAGCAUUUCUUGGGGUUGGUAGAGAGUGGCUUGCAGAUGUAUCGAAGUCAACAAAUCCAUCAGCUGGACUGUCGACAGAAUUGCAGCUAGGAUUACUUUCCCCGACUUAUUUGAGGAGGCUGUUUGAACGCAUGGGGGCAACAUACAUCAAGUUAGGUCAGUUCAUAGCAUCGGCUCCCACACUUUUUCCGCCAGAAUAUGUUGAGGAAUUUCAGAAGUGUUUUGACCAAGUUCCUUCGGUUCCCUUUGAAGAGAUUAAGAAAAUCAUACAAGAUGAUCUGGGGAGACCAAUUGAUAGUAUCUACGAAUAUAUUGAUCCCAUCCCAAUUGCUUCAGCCUCAAUAGCCCAGGUUCAUGGUGCAAGGCUCAGGGGUUCUCAAGAUGAUGUGGUUAUUAAGGUUUUGAAACCAGGGAUUGAGGAUAUAUUGGUAGCAGAUCUAAACUUUGUUUACAUUGUUGCUCGCAUAUUGGAGUUCUUGAAUCCUGAUCUCAGCCGUGCAUCUCUGGUUUCUAUCGUGAAGGACAUAAGAGAAUCAAUGCUUGAAGAGGUUGACUUUUACAAGGAGGCUAAGAAUAUUGAGUCCUUUAGGAGAUAUUUGGAAGACAUGGGACUCACGAGGCAGGCUACAGCUCCAAAGGUAUAUCACCAGUGCAGUACUAGACGAGUUUUAACUAUGCAAAGGUUAUAUGGCGUUCCUCUCACUGACCUGGAGUCUAUAAGUUCACUUGUUCCCAGCCCAGAAGGCAGUCUAAUUUCUGCACUUAAUGUCUGGUUUGGUAGUUUGCUUGCUUGUGAAAGCUUCCAUGCAGAUGUUCAUGCAGGCAACUUGUGGUUAUUACGUGAUGGUCGUAUUGGUUUCCUUGACUUUGGAAUUGUUGGACGCAUAUCUUCAGAAACAUGGGCUGCGAUGGAUGUAUUUUUGGCAUCAAUUGCAACCGAAGAUUAUGAAUCAAUGGCAUCUGCCCUCAUCCAAAUGGGUGCCACUAACAAUGACGUCAAUGCUGUGGCCUUUGCCAGAGAUCUGGAAAAUAUAUUUUCAUCAAUAAAGGAUUUGGAUACCGAAGUAGUGAUAGCAACAGCCAGGGAGGGAAUGGGUGGCUCGACUGCUGUCGCUGCGAAUAUAGUCGUAGAUGAAAGACAAAUGAACAAACUUUUCCUUGAUGUGCUUCAAGUCAGCGAAUCUUAUGGGUUAAGAUUUCCUCGAGAGUUCGCACUUCUCAUGAAGCAGCUUUUGUAUUUCGACCGUUACACACGGUUGUUGGCCCCGAAUAUGAACAUGCUUCAGGAUCAGAGGAUUACCAUGGUUUCCAAUAGAAGAAACAAAUAUAGGGACGGUUUCAGAUGAAUAUGAUGAUGGAUCAUUUUGCACACAUCAAUGAGCAUCUUAGGCACACAUUUCUGUUCAUAUUAAAUAGCAUACAAAGUUUAUAAAAUUUAGGUACACAAAUAUAUACAACUAAGCUUGUGUUGUAGAACCAUUAGUAUUGGAUACUUUUGAAUAAUGAUCACUAGGAAGUGUUCUUUCUUCCUUGCAACUUGUAUUUUGUAUUUCAUCAGUUGAGCCUUAAAAUGGAAGCAGGAGGAAAGAAAAUCUUUAAUAUUGCAUCA